CAAAAAAGAGCCUGGAAUGAUGUUCUCAAACAACGAUGAAGCUGCAAUCAACAAAAAACUGCCCAAAGAGCUGCUGCUUCGAAUUUUCUCUUUCCUGGAUGUGGUCACUCUGUGUCGUUGUGCUCAAGUUUCCAGGGCAUGGAAUGUUCUGGCCCUGGAUGGCAGUAACUGGCAGCGAAUUGACCUGUUUGAUUUCCAGAGGGAUAUUGAGGGCCGAGUGGUGGAGAACAUUUCCAAGAGAUGUGGGGGAUUCCUGCGGAAGCUGAGCCUGAGGGGCUGCCUGGGAGUGGGGGACAACGCCUUAAGGACCUUUGCCCAGAACUGCAGGAACAUCGAGGUGCUGAACCUCAAUGGUUGUACCAAGAUCACAGAUGCCACCUGCACCAGCCUCAGCAAGUUCUGCUCCAAACUCAGGCACCUGGAUUUGGCUUCCUGCACCUCCAUAACCAACCUGUCCCUGAAAGCACUGAGCGAGGGAUGCCCGCUGCUGGAACAGCUCAUCAUCUCCUGGUGCGACCAAGUGACCAAGGACGGGAUCCAGGCGCUGGUGCGGGGCUGCGGGGGACUGCGGGCCCUGUCCCUCAAGGGCUGCACCCAGCUGGAGGACGAGGCUCUCAAGUUCAUCGGUGCCCACUGUCCCGAGCUGGUGACGCUGAACCUGCAGACCUGCCUGCAAAUCACGGACGACGGGCUCAUCACCAUCUGCAGGGGCUGCCACAAGCUGCAGUCCCUGUGCGCUUCUGGCUGCUCCAACAUCACCGACGCCAUCCUCAACGCCCUGGGACAGAACUGCCCACGCCUCCGAAUAUUGGAAGUGGCCAGAUGUUCCCAGCUGACCGACGUGGGCUUCACCACCCUGGCCAGGGUAAGAGCCCUCCCUCCUUCCCCUCCUGCUUUCCCUCCCUUCUCAUUGGGGAAAUCUCACGGAUUAGGGAAAACCCUGCAGUUUUGCAGUUUGUCCUUGUGCCCCAGCACCAACUGGAAAGGGUUUUUCCUUCUUUUCCAGAUAACAGACAGCACACUAAUCCAGCUUUCCAUACACUGUCCACGGCUGCAGGUCCUGAGUUUAUCCCACUGCGAGCUGAUCACGGACGACGGGAUCCGUCACCUGGGGAACGGCGCCUGCGCCCACGACCGCCUGGAGGUGAUCGAGCUGGACAACUGCCCCCUGAUCACUGACGCCUCCCUGGAGCACCUCAAGAGCUGCCACAGCCUGGAGAGGAUAGAACUGUACGACUGCCAGCAGAUCACACGGGCCGGCAUCAAGAGACUCAGGACCCACCUGCCCAACAUCAAAGUCCACGCCUACUUCGCCCCGGUGACCCCCCCGCCCUCGGUGGGCGGCAGCCGACAGCGCUUCUGCAGAUGCUGCAUCAUCCUAUGACACUGGAAGCUGCUCCCGGCCAGCGGGGCUGGAACCACGCCCGUGCCAUCCCGGGGGACACCAGCGAUCCCAGUGUCAUCUGCCAGGGCCAGCGAGCGGGGCCGGGGUGCCCUGUAGCCACCCACACCCCCCUGUGACCCCACCCGGCCCGGCGGGAUGAGCGACUCGCCACGGGAGCUGCGCCGCGAUUCCCCGGCUGGAUCGGCCUGAUCCUGAACCAUUCCUGCUGGGAAUACCCCGGGGAAAAACCCUGGGAAGGAGGGGAGGGAGCCCAGCCUGCAGGGACUGAUGCUGCUGGUGAGGUUGGAAAAGGAGCCGAGGUCCUUGGAAGUGGGGAGAGGAGAGGAACACGCUUUAACCCCGCAGUUGUGCGGGGGGAAAAACAACCCCAACAAACCUGGAAACCCCAACAAGGUCUGUGUCCCUUUGUCAGGGAGGGAAUGGAACAGCAGCUGCUGAGCCAGG